AUAACAGAUUAAAACAUUAUUCUGUAUAGUUAGUCUUUUUUUUUUAGUAACUCGACAUUUUCUAGCACAAAAUUUAAAUAUAAAAACCCUUUAACGAAAUUAUUGUAAAUAUUUAUUGCGGGCUAACACCUUACCUGAUUUAAGAGCGGCCUAUCUCAAUUGUUGACCAACAUCUUCUUAUUCCCAAACUGCGAUUCGUAAAGAUAUAGAAAUAGCAAGCAAAUUGUAGAUGGAAUACGUAAAUGCUUACUAGAUUUCUGAUCAACAAAAUGGAUAGAAAAACGCAACAGCAGCAGCCACAGCAAUCUCAUAAGCAACUAACGCAUCGGUAUUCAACUAGAAUGGUGGCCCAAGAAGUAACCGCAACUAUAACCACGACUCCAGCCGCAGCAACAGGAGGUUCAACGGCAACAGUUGGCAAUGGAUCACCGAGAGGAAAGAAAAACGUAAUGACCGAUACCAAAUCAACUACAAACCGUUUUAAUCGAAGGCAAGGUGGUGCAGCACUGAAUCGGGAUGAUGGAGAGAAAGAUCUGGUGGAUAACAAUAUGGGAAUGAUCUAUCGUUACUAUGACAAUCAUAGCGGAAUGGCUCUACCUUCAGCUCUGCCCAGUCAUCAGGCUAUAAUUAGUCAAUCCGUGAGUAGGGUACAGGAACUGACGGACAAAAUGACGCGAACUGCGCGUCGCAAUGCCAUUAAAGAGCUAUCCUCAAUACAUCUACGCACUUUGCAUGCUAACGAUAAGAACAAGGAGGCCCUAAGGGAACUGCAAGAGACUAUUCCGGAGAUAAGUAAAAUUUUUGAUGUCCAGUUUCGCAUUGGCAGUGGCACAUUCAGCACUGUCCUCUUGGGAACCCUUCAGCGAGAGCGUUCUCUGCCGGAAACCCAGCGUCGACGUUACGCGAUCAAGCAUCACAAUCCGACUAGUCAUCCGGAGAGGAUUCUACGCGAAUUGGAGUGCAUGUUUCGCAUUGGUGGGGUGAACAAUGUGAUAGGGAUCAAUUGCUGCAUCCGUUACAAUGAGAACGUAGCUUUUGUGAUGCCCUACAUGACACACGAUCGCUUCCACGACAUCUAUCGCAACAUGAGCCUGCAGGAGGUAAAAGAUUACAUUAGAAAUCUUCUAAUAGCCUUGAGACAUGUACACAAGUUCAAUGUGAUCCAUCGGGAUGUAAAGCCGAGUAAUAUAUUGUAUAAUCGUCGCACGGGAAAGUUUCUCCUUUGUGACUUUGGUUUGGCCCAACGAAUUGCAGAGGACGGCACUGUCAUCCAGUCCAGUGACCUGAGCUCUGCGGCAGCUGCCGCUCUCCUAAGGGACAUGGAGGCAGCACGUCAUUUGUUGAUGCAGAAUGGAUUUAGUGCCCAGGACGAAGCCGACGAAUAUCUUGCCAAGGCUAGUAGGGAGCGAGCUUUGGGCGGUGGUGGAGGAGUUGAUCAUGAUAUCAAUGUGGAGCAACGCAAGGCACUAGCUCAGACUCAUCUGACGAAAAAGGAAUUGGCUGCCCAAAAGGCCGACACCUUGCGGCUCGUUAAUCGUCUGCGCUUCAUGAAUUCCACUGUGGAUCCCAACAAUUAUGUGGUAUCUACCAAAACCCAGCGCAAGGAGACUCAUGCUUCAAGGGCUGGAACGCCAGGAUAUCGCCCGCCAGAGGUCCUAAUGCGAUAUCCUUACCAAACCACAGGCGUGGACAUUUGGGCCGUGGGAGUGAUCAUGCUGUCGUUUCUCUCGUCGCUGCAUCCUUUCUUCAAGGCCCCCAAUGAUUGUGCUGCAUUGUCGGAGAUCAUAAAUCUCUUUGGUGAUAUACAGGUGCGCAAGACCGCCUUUAUGCUGGACCGUUUGCUUCUACUCACUCAGAAGGUGGCUGCUCUAGACCUACGUCGGGUGUGCAUGCGGUUUCGCCUAGCCGACUUUUUCCUUUCACCGGACAAUCAGCGUCGACAUAGAAGAGCUGAUGGCAGCACCGAAAUGUGCCGCAAUUGUGAUCAACCUACAUACAACUGCGUCUGCAAGAACACCAAUCAUGACAUGGAGCAAUACGAAGGUUUAGAUAUGUUUCCACUUCAGGCCUACGAUCUUCUCGCCCGCCUCCUCGAAGUUGAUCCCACUAAGCGCAUCACCGCCGACGAGGCAUUGAAGCAUCCAUUUUUCAGUGAUCAUCAUCGCAUUACGUCAGGAAUUCCCCUGCAGCAGCAGCAGCAGCAAAAACAUCAUCAAUCCAAUCAGUCACUUCCGGCCAUACGUCAGAGGGAAACUCUCACCAUGGCAGCCUCUCGGACUUUGAAACCCUAUACCCCCUAUGCAGUAACAGCUGCUCCUCCAACCUCUGAUGCAGUGAAGCCAAAUGUUGUACAACAAGCGGGCCCAACUACCAAUCGCAUGUAGUCGAUGCCGAAACGAAGAAGCUUAGUUUGUUCUUCCUUUCAUUCUAUAUAUAUUUUUACAUUCGAGUGUGCCAGGAGCUGGCAAACCUUUCGACUAAUUGCGCAACAAACUAAAAAAAAAACAAAUUAUAAUGUGGCAAGAAAUUUCUUUUAUGAAAAUAUCUUUGGGAUACUUUUCAUCCCAACUCCUUACAAAAAAUGUAAAACAAAUUUCAUAUCAAUAUAUUGAAUAUUUGUACUUCCUUUA